AAGAAUUCAAAACAAGUUCAAAUGUGGCUAUCAUAAUCGAACAUGUACACCACUAAUUAUAGAGUUGAAAUUUCAUCACUAAAAACUUAUUUUAGUAUAUAAAGUAAAUACAUAUAUAUCACUAAAAAAUCAUAUAAACAAAAUUUCCCUUCACGAUUUGAAGCUUAUAUAAAACCAAAGCAAACACCAUUAGGUGAAGCUUCAACCGCCAUGGCUUCUCCUAAACACAUUAAUGGGUUUUCGUCUGCAAUAGCGGCUCUUAUACUAAUAAUCGUAGCAUGUUUUCAUUGUGUUGAUGCUGCAAACUACCAACAACAAUUCAUGGGUCCACAAAACGCAGCAAGAGCUCGUUUGAGGCUCAAACCACUAAGGUGGGACCCCAAACUAGCCCGCUACGCGCAAUGGUGGGCCAACCAGAGACGUCGUGACUGCGCCUUGAUCCAUUCGAAUGGACCGUACGGUGAGAAUCUAUUCUGGGGCUCAGGCAAAAGAUGGAGCCCUGUUCAAGCCGCUAAUGGGUGGUUGUCAGAAGCAAGGAGCUAUAACUAUUACUCUAACUCGUGUAGGGCCGAGAUGUGUGGCCAUUACACGCAGAUUGUGUGGAGGAACACGCAGAGGAUUGGCUGCGCUCAUGUGAUUUGCAAUGGCCGACGCGGUGUGUUAUUCGCUUGCAAUUACUUUCCACCGGGGAAUUUUCUUGGGGUGAGGCCUUAUUGAGUAUGAUCCAUUUUUAUAUCUCAUAAAAAGCUCAUACCAAGGGAAGUUGUUCGUGCGUUUUCUUAACUAUUCCUUUUUGUAUACAAUAUUAUAUUUUAUUUGUUCAAGUUUUAACGUGCGGUCGGCAAAACCACAACGUUUGUUUCCGAUACUUAUGUAUGUUUCUGUGAGGGAAAUUCAUUUGGUUAAUAAGACUAAGUAACUAUACAUAUCUUAAAUUUUGGACUAUAAACUAUAUUAAUCUACAGCUACUAUAUCUUCUAGAGAUUUAAAUUUUAUGUCUUUUUGUGAAUGAGACUCGUAGGGCUCAAGGGGAAACGAGAAUCCUUAACCAUGCCAUAGAAUAGUUAGAUCACCAAGUCCUUUUAUUCCCAAUGUUGUCACUAGAAAGAUUACACAACAG